CUAAAUUGGACAAAAUUCCCGUGUGUUUUGAAGGCAGGCCAUUGUCAUGGCGGUAUGGCUACAGCACGUUUUGAAAAUCAAAUGGGUCUGCAAGAUGCAGCCGGCCUUGUAACUGGCACCGGUUUUGAAGGCCAUUGCUAUUGCACCAUUGAACCGUACAUUGAUGCAAAGUUCGAUGUGCACAUUCAAAAGAUUGGCAACAAUUACAAGGCAUUUAUGCGUAAAUCCAUUACUGGUAACUGGAAAACUAAUCAGGGUUCAGCCAUGCUGGAGCAAAUUACCCUAACUGAAAAAUACAAGUCUUGGGUGGAUGAG